GAAUGGAAAUGCUGUCUCUUCUAGCUGCUGCGGCUAGACUCCCUCCUUCGUGCCUUAGACAUCCUUCGAAGACGAGCCGUCCCGCCGUUUUGUGCCAUCGGAGAGAUUGAAAGAAUCGAGUUUUAGCUCGCUCUCAAAGGUUCACUUUCUAUCACCGGAUCCUACAGACCAGUUCAAUAUAAAAGCUUAGGCUAUCAUGUCAAUUUGGCUGAUUAGAUCAUGGAAGGAGGAGAAUCGAAGUCAAGGUCGACCUUCCUGUCAGUUCUCCAGUAUUGAGUAUUGAGUAUUGAGAGAGAGAGAUGGCCAAGACUACAUCGAGUACUUCAAUUUGGGAUGAAAUCAAGUGAUCUGAGAGCUACCUUGUGUGCUCAAUGUAUGAGGAGGCGGCAUGAGAGGAGCUACACUGUAGUGCCAAUAUUUAACACACCUGGCACACCCUCCACACGGCAGUGACAUUGAAAAAAAUUGUGGAAACAGAAAUACCAAAACAAAAAGCCAUCUCUGCAGAAGCCUCACACAAAUAGUACUGGCUGAGAACUCAUUGCAGACCCAAACCCAUCGUAGACUCAAGCCCACCAUCUAACCUUCGGCUGAGAACGUGAAGGAAGACUGGCUGAGAAUAUGACCUUCGGCACUAGUGAAGCACUUACAGGAUAAGAAGAGUAUUGAGUUCAUUGAAGCAUUGCCACUACAAAUAGAACUGCAAGUGCUGGAGGAGUUGCUGUUGCUAAUUUACUCUCUCGAAAGAGAGGAUGCUCCUUUGGAUGAGACAAAAGAGAUCUAACCAAAUCUCUCACUUACCUCAGAAGCUCACCUCUUUGCUGAGUGUUGCUUUCAUAUCAUCCAAUUGCUCAAAUAUAUCCACAGAAGAUAAAAUUGGAAUCAACAGCAUAGUCAGAAUAAUUAACGACCAUCCAUUUCCUGAUCAACCACUUCAUCCCACCCUUCGCCAAUUCAUUCCUCUCAAUGUCCUUUCCAACACCUUUAUGGAGAAUGUUCUGGGUCGCCUCUUUGCAGCCCACUCCAAUGGUCUCAAAGCACUUGAAUUCUUCAAAUUUUGCCUCCACGAUUCACAGUUCUGUCCAAGUGCAGAUGCUUUUGAAAAAACGCUCCACAUCCUUGCACGGAUGCGAUACUUUGAUAAAGCUUGGGAACUGAUGGAAGAAAUCCAACGGAGACAUCCUUCCUUGCUUACCCUCAAGUCAAUGAGUAUCAUGUUGUCAAAAAUUGCAAAGUUCCAAUCUUUUGAAGAUACCCUGGAUGCAUUUCUGAGAAUGGAGAAUGAUAUAUUUGUUGGCAGGAAGUUUAAUACUGAUGAGUUCAAUGUACUACUUAAAGCAUUUUGCACGCAGAGGCAGAUGAAGGAGGCACGGUCAGUGUUCCUAAAGAUGCAUUCGCGAUUUCCACCCAAUAGCAAGACCAUGAAUAUCUUACUCCUGGGGUUCAAGGAAGCGGGUGAUGUUACUGCAGUAGAAUUACUCUACCAUGAAAUGGUUCAGAGAGGCUUUAAGCCAAAUAGUAUAACUUAUAAUAUUAGAAUCGAUGCUUACUGUAAGAAAGGUUGCUUUGGUGAUGCUUUGAGACUCUUUGAAGAAAUGGAACAGGUGAAUUGCUUCCCUACUUUAGAAACAAUUACUACUCUGAUUCAUGGAGCUGGGAUUGUUCAAAAUACAAUCAAGGCACAGCAAUUAUUUGAAGAAAUUACUUUGAGAAACUUGCAACCUGAUACUGGGGCUUACAAUGCUUUGAUGAGUUCCCUUGUUAGAUCGAAAGAUGUGAAUUCUGCUGUAUCUUUGAUGAAUGAGAUGGAAGAGAAUAAUUUUGAGCAUGAUAGUAUGACCUAUCAUAUCAUUUUCUUAGGAUUGAUGAGGUCAAAUGGCAUUGAGAGCGUUUCUGAGCUAUACCACAAGAUGGUUGAGAGAAAUUUUGUGCCCCAAACACGAACAGUGGUUAUGUUAUUGAAGAUUUUCUGUGAGAAUAGCCGGCUUGAUUUGGGUUUGAAUCUGUGGAAUUACCUUGUAAAAAAUGGCUAUUGUCCUCAUGGCCAUGCAUUAGAUCUUUUGGUGACAGGACUAUGUUCCCGCGGGAGGGUGCAAGAAGCAUUUGACUGCUCCAAACAAGUGUUGGAGAGAGGGAGGCAUAUAAGCGAGGCAGUGUCUCGCAUGUUGGAAAGAUCUCUACUGCAGACAGGUGAGAUGGACAAGUUGAGUACACUCCACCAGAUGAUGAAAAAAUUACAAGAUGUUUUGCCCCCAUCAAAAGGGCAUGCUGUUUGUAUUGCUGCAUCAACAGAUUUUAAGUAAUAAGGUUUAUUUUAGAGCAUAUACUUGUCAUGAUCCAUAAAAAUAAGUUACUGCAUAUAUGCCUCAAACUAGUAGGUGAGUAUUAUCUUGCAACAUCUUUGGAGAAAUCAUUAGAUCACAUGAGUUUCCACCUUGGACUUGUAUAUGAAUCUCCCUCAAAAUUUUACAAUAGAAGAAAAUUUCAUUACUUGCCCA